UGUUACAUUGGCCUAAUUGAAUACGAAGUUAAAUUUUGAAGGUGUUUGGAAUUACAUGUGAAACCAUAAAAAAAGGAUUAUCUCUGCAAAAAUGUUUCGAGGAAUCGAGUAUACUAGUAUUUUAUUGAUUUUCUUUGGUAGAAAAUUAAACUGUCAAAUGUGUAAUCUUGGCAUGCUCCAUCGUUACAACACUGGCAUAUCAUCGGUAUAUGAAAGUACGCUUACCGCAGACAAAGCCUUGAAUGUAUUAUAUUCAAAUUAUCGUGAAGAUUGCGCUGGGACUACUGAGAUUAACAGUUAUCAAAACGCCUGGUGGCAUGUUACCUUCAAGUCCCUCUCAACGAUUUUCAAAAUCAACUUAAUCUUCCGAGAGAAAUACUUUCGCCAUGAGAAAUAUUACGUCUUCAUCACUAAUGGGACGGUCUCACCAGAGGAGCUGAACGCCCUUAAUCCUGUGUAUCAUGACGAACACGUCAAACCAAGCUACCAAAACACGAUCGUUUUCCCUGGGGGUCACCAUGGACUCCAAGUUUACAUCUUAGUAAACAGGACUGGUAUCAACAAUGCUGACCAUGGCAAUUAUGUGGAACUCUGUGAGGCGGAAGUUUACGGGUGUAUACAUGUAACUUAUGACGAAGCUCCUGCUUGCAAGUGCCGAAAUGGAAACAACACGAUGGAUGAUCAAGACUUGGUUCUGUGGGAUAGCAGAAUUGCGUAUUCAACUGGGACCGUCACCCUACACUGUUACAAGUACUACCUCUCUAUCAUGAACCUGACCAGUCAGACUGAGUCAGAAUUAGUGAGUAUUUUAGAGGCGUGUGAUGGAAAACAACAAUGCACCAUUCCAACAAGUCAGAACUUGAAAGACAGUUCAGUUCGCUUUUAUUGCACUGACCGAUGUAUAAAUGAAGCCUACAACAACACAAUCCCUAUCUCUCAACUGAUGACGGAUUUAAAUAUAUCAUAUUAUUUUGAAGUCAACAAUAAUUUCACUGCAUUCUUUAAGUCUCGAAAAUUAAACUGUUCGGAGCGAUAUGUGCUGACCAACGGAAACCUCACUCUGCAAUGUCAACAAGAGGGGCGAUGGAUUGGGGAAGCCCCAGUGUGCAAUGUUACCUGCCAAGAACCUAUACAUGAGAACAGAACCACGAUUCGACAACCAGCUUCAUUCCCAAAUUAUUUUUCGGACUACAUAUUUCAGACCUAUAAUGUCUCUUACACAUGCAGGAAACAUCAUCGUAUCGUGAAAGGGAAUUUAACGAGAGUUUGUAACGAGAGUGGUGAUUGGACAGGAGAUCUGCCGGUCUGUAAACGUUGUAAGUGUCCGUGUGACCGGUUAAAGUAUCAGAACUUUAUCACAGACCCUCAAGUUCUUCAACGCAGAAUCGACGAAAUAGAAAAAAAAUUGAAAAUUAGCGAAAAGGCACUUUCUGCUACAGUGAGGAAGAAGACAUGCGCAAAGGACGAAAGAAAAUCAGCGAAAGGAAUUGGUUCCGUCCUUGGGAUCGGGAUAAUCGUUUUUGUUGUGUCCAUUAUUGUUUGUAGUGACACCCCAAUGCUCUACAGACACAUCCGUUACGGCCCGUGAUAUCAACUGCGGGCUGAUUCGUUAUCAUCCGUUACGGCCCUUGAUAUUAACUGCUGACUGAUUUGUUAUCAUCCGUUACGGCCCUUGAUAUUAACUGCUGACUGAUUUGUUAUCAUCCGUUACGGCCCUUGAUAUUAACUGCUGACUGAUUUGUUAUCAUCCGUUACGGCCCUUGAUAUUAACUGCUGACUGAUUUGUUAUCAUCCGUUACGGCCCUUGAUAUUAACUGUGAACUGAUUUGUUAUCAUCCGUUACAGCCUUUGAUAUUAACUGUGAGCUGAUUUGUUAUCAUGCGUUACGGCCCGUGAUAUUAACUGCUGACUGAUUUGUUAUCAUCCGUUACGGCCCUUGAUAUUAACUGCUGACUGAUUUGAUAUCAUCCGUUACGGCCCUUGAUAUUAACUGCUGACUGAUUUGUUAUCAUCCGUUACAGCCCUUGAUAUUAACUGCUGACUGAUUUGUUAUCAUGCGUUACGGCCCUUGAUAUUAACUACUGACUAAUUUGUUAUCAUCCGUUACGGCCCUUGAUAUUAACUGCUGACUGAUUUGUUAUUAUCUGUUACGGCCCGUGAUAUCAACUGUUGGCUGAUCCCUAUUUUGGGUUGAUUUAUAAGAAUAUCUGGUGUAAUUCUUCCAUUCUCUAUAUCUUAUAGUCUUAAUCACUCAUUUACAUAGGCAAACAAAGGAAGAAAGAAGGUGGCUUUUUUCUUUUUAAAUGAACAAAGUUUCAGUUUGUAUCUUUUUACUUUCGAUACCAUGCAAAUACCCGAUUGCCUUGUCGCUGAAUAUGUCAUCGCUUCUCGAAUUUAUAGUUUCCAACACUGAAAUAUAAAACAAAACAACAAUUACUUGUCAAAUCUACAAAGUAGAUUAUUCAUUCAACUUGACAUGUAUUUUGAUAAUCGAGAGAAAAUAGAGAGAUUAAGCAUAUUAAUGUAUUAUAUGUGUACGAGUACGUGUAACUAGGGGAAUCCCCUAAUUUUAUAUGUAUUGCGUCAUAAUUUCUACAUACCGCGUAAUUCUACAAAGGUGUACAAAACGUGUAGAAUCAUAAAUAUAUACGGAUGUAAAUACAGAUUUUGUGCCUAUCAAAAGUUGUUUUAUAUAAAGAAGUCGAUAAGUUGAGGUCGACUGUGCAUUUGGUUUCAUCAAAUUCACAGAAUUAUUUCAUAUAAACAGUGAGAAUAAACUGAACAGGUUGAAAAUGUUAAAUCGAAUUGUUUUAUACGUUCAUUUACUAGGACAGUUUAUUUAACAUAAGCCUUUAUUUAGUAAAAAUAUAAAUGUAUAAGGUAUCUUCAU